AUGUUGAAUCAGCAUCAGGCCGAGCAGAUUGACACUGAUUCGCCAGAAUAUAAGCUAGACAAGGAGGGAGAAGAAGGUGUGAAGGAAUUAUGGGAAGUCGUGCUGCGAAUCGGCGGGAUCCCAUGUCCAUACGUCGAGGCGAAUGGGACAUUCCGAAGCGAACUGCGUCUAUCCAGCGAAGCUUUCCGUUGCUUCAAGAACCUCAUGGAGGUGCUUGCAGCCCAGCUGUUGCACAAGCGCUCCCAAUAUGAUGGCCGGUUUCCUCGUGGUUCACCAGUUCCUGCUUCCGAGAUCGCGAAAUACAUCCAGGAAAACCUCAAAUUCAGCUUUGCGACAAGGUUUGCGAGCCCAAGUGACGAGAGGUGCAUGAACGCCUCGCUUACGCCACAGGAGAUGAUGGACCUUGGCCGGCAGCAGCAGCAACGCUCGACGAGGAAUGCUGAGCGCUCAAGCCCCGAGCCAGAGGAGGAUGAUGGAGACGUGGAGAUGGAAUCAGAGGAAGAAGGCGUGGAAGUGGGGUUUGGCGAGGACGACGACUCAGGCGACUCGGACAGCGACGAUGAUGGAAUUCAUAGCAAGUAG